AUGCAGAGCUACAAUUUCUACAUGAAGUAUGCGGAGAUUGACAACCAACACGAAAAGGGUGGUCACUCGUUCGGCCUUUCUGUUGCCACUCUCCACCAAUUUUUUUAUGAGAACAUUAUCUCGAUCACCGAUGCGAGCACAAGAACAUCGAAAGAGCACAACGCAAAGUUCCAAGAAGUCGACAAGAGAUUCAAGCCCAAUAUCCAAACCUAUGAAGGCGCAAAGGAAAUCGAGAACACCUUCAAUACGUCACUUAUCAACCUCGCGUAUGGCGGGGAAACGUUCCAAAGUGGCUAUUCACACAAGGCUCCCAUUUUAAACACUGACAAGUCUUUGGCCUACCUCAUGGUACUUGUACAGCGAAAGGGAGCAACACUCGAGACCCGAAAGAUCAAGGAUCUCAGAGAAUCUGGUCCACAGCUGUUGAAAGACUACAAGGCCGAUGUCAUUGUCAAUGCUACCGGCCUUGGUGCGAAAAAGCUCUUCAACGAUGAGGAUGUUUAUCCCGUCCGUGGAGCCAUUCGUCGCGUUGACAACGUCCGCCAUGGUCAGUUCCGUCACUUGAAUGAUGCCUAUCUAGUACCCGCACAGAUUGGACCUGAUGGCUUGCCUUCCAAGACUGUGUUCAUUGUGCCUCGGAGCGACGACAUUCUCUAUGUGGGCUCCAUAAUCCAGCCACACAAUGGGGAGAUGAAUCUUACUCCUGAUUCGCCCGAGGUGCAGCAGAUGUGGAAUCGAGCAGGAGACUUUAUGCCGAGUCUGCGACAUGCGGCCUUCCGGAAUCACUUCACCUUCGCCCAGGGUUUGCGCCCCUUUACCAAGAAGAACGUCAAAGUUAGAGCAGAUGAAGACUUCGGAUUCCCUCUCGUCCAUAACUAUGGACAUGGCGGGUCUGGGUGGACAUUGGGGGUUGGAACCGCUCACACCGCUGUUUGUAUCGUUGAGGAGAUUCUCAAUGAUAAAGUUGACUUCACUGAAGCUGUCAACAAUUCGUCGAAACUGACAGAGCCUGUGAAAUCCUUGCUUUGCCGAAACAUCAAAGAAAACAAAAGCUGGAAAACAGGCGAAACCGAGGGAGAAAGCGAAAUCUUGAAAAACCUCGAUAUCUCUCGAGUGAUUGAGGAGUUGAAGAAAGAGAUUGUCUUCGGGGAUCGGCUCUUGGAGGUUGCAGAAAGUUUGAAGAAAAAUCCGAGUAAAACAUUGAGCGAUGCAUCAGCCAAGGUUACCAACGCCAAGCUUUAUGGUGUUGAGGGCGCGGAUGCUUCUCGGGACUAA